GGCCUGUACGCGAACGAGGGGAGGGAGUAACGGGGGUAGAGGGGAGGGAGUAACGGGGGUAGAGGGGAGGGAGUAACGGGGGGCGGGGCGAUCGGGUUAAAGGGGGCGGGGCCGGUGUUCCUCCGCGCGGCGCGGGCCCCUUCACCGCCUCCGUCCGCGCGCGUCUCCCUCCGCUGACCCCGCGGACCUCGAUCCUCCCGCCGCCGCUCCCGAGGCCGCGUCUCUCCUCCACAGGCCCCCGACCGUCAGGCCGCACCCGCCGGGUCCCCUCGGACCCCCCCGCAGGGUCCUGUCGGCUCCCCGAAGAGAAGGGAAGAGGAGGAGAGGGGUGGGGGGGGGUUCCUCUCAGCGAGGUUCCCCUAGCGGGUCCCCUCUCUCUCUCUCGCCACCCCUCCUCCUCCCUCGUAGCCCGGCGCGCUCUGUGUGUGCGAGCGAGCGGCUCGGCCGUUGUGUGGCCGCCGUACGGACACGAGGAGAGAGGUGGUGGACGUGGGGGGAGAGAGGACGAGGCGGAGGUGAAGGAGAUCAAAGAGGCGGUGGCGGCGGCGGUGUUUGACGAGGAUAUCGCGAGACGACGGCGAGGAGGUUGGUGACGGUGACGGAGGAGAAAGGGGAGCGAGGAGGGGAGGAGGAGUCGAGACGACGAGGUGCUGGGGAGAGGAAGGCGACGAGGACGAAGAGGAGGAGGAGGAGCGUCAUCCCGGCCGGAGUUUGACGAGAAAAUGGAGGCGGCCGAGGCAGCAGGAGGAGGAGGACGAGGAGCGGCAUCGGCAGCAGCAGCAGCUGGACCCGCCGCCGCCGCCGUGCGGGCCGCUCGCUCCCCGCGCCGCUGAAUGGAGCCCGCGUCCACAAAGCGGCCUUAGCAGCAAGGGCACGGGGCCCCCUCCACACACUCACUCCCCUCGUCGUCGCCAUCGCCGUCAUUAUCCUCGUCAGCAGCAGACUGAGCAGGAUCGGCGGCUUCAGCUUCGUCUUCACCAGAAUCAUCAGCGGCGGCAGCACGGAGCUGCUGGUGACGGUGUUUGUUGCUAUCUUCGCGUUAUUCUUGUGGUUGUUGUUGUUUGUCGGGUUUGUUUUGAGGAUUGCCAUUCUUGCCUCCUGGAUCCGAGCUGGAUUUUAGUUUAAUGUUCGCUGCAACUACUCUCAUCAUCAUUAGCAUCAUCACUCGUGCUAACAAAGAGGUAGAUAGAUAGGGGGGCACGCCGUGGCAUGGUGAGGACGUCGUCGUCGACGACGAUGAUGGUGGUGAUGGUGCUCAUGAUGAAGAUGAUGGCGUGGAGGAGCCGCGGUCGGUCCCACAGCUGAGCAUUGGCGUCAGCAGUAGGAACCCGCGCACCCUCCGUUUGGGGGGCACUUUCUAUCACUCUGCCCCCCCCCCACCAAGCUCACACGAGGACCUUUACCUUCAACCUACGCGCGUCGUAGCCACCGGCACGAACCACCAACUCCUUCAUUUUUCAACAACCGCGGCCAAUCGUCACAUCUGGCCGAGGCCACACGGAUUGCGACUCAAGGGCCCAGCGACCACCAAACCGACCAUGGACGGCCACAGGGCCAACGGGCCCCGUCGCAGCCGUCGGACUCGCUCACAGAGGGACAAGCAGAGGGAGGCGGCCGGACGCGCCGGCCGGCCGGGGCUGACCAUCGGCGGCGGCGGCCUGCAGGCCCUGGGCCGGCCCGGCGGCCUGGUGGCGGGCCUCGUGGCCGGAGGCGUGGGCCGCCACCACCGCGCUCCCAGCUCGGGCUCUGAGAGGGAGAACGCGGAGAACCGGCCGGGCUCGUCGAGGCCGCGGCCGCCGCGGCGCCGCCGCCGGGACUCGGUGAGCUCCCAGGACGAGGAUAUAAUCGACGGCUUCGCCAUCGCCAGCUUCACCACCCUGCAGGCGCUCGAGAACGACAUGCAGCUGAAGCCGCUGGAGCGAGCCGAGCGACUCAAGGAGCGACUGGUCCGGAGGCAGCACAAGGGCGAGGGCGGCAACUGUCGCCACGGCAACAGCGGUGGCUCGGACCGCGAGCGAGGACGCGGCCGCCACAAGCAGCCGCUCAAGAGGAAGAGAGAGACGAACGUGCCGACGCGGUGCGUGCGCCCCAGGGCGGAAGACAGCGGCGGCGGCGGAGGCGGCAACGGUGGCGGCGAGGUGAACGGUACGGGGCGGAGCAGCUCCCAGGAACGAUCUCGCGACAGCUCGCAGCAUUCCACGUCCGACAGAGGCUACAUCUGUGACAGCGACAGUGACGUGGAGGAUAAGGCCUCGGACGCCGGCUCGGAGAAGCUCUUCCACACCGCGUCGCUCACGAAAGAUGGGUGCGUCAACGGCCUGUCGGGGGCCGCCGGUGGAGCCGGGGAGCCGCUGAGGCUCGCGAGGCCCCACGUGUCCGGCCUCGCGCGCAGCCAGGAGCAGAGCAAGGAGAGCCUGCCGAGCCCCCCGGCCCCCCCCGCCAGCGCCGCCGCCGUCGUCGCCGCCGCCGCUGUCCCCCCUUCCGGGGCCCCGGCGACGCCGCGCCACGCCGGCGCCGAACGGCGCACGCCGCAGCCCAAGCCCCAGCUGCCUCCGCCGCAGCUCCGGCAGCCCUCGCUCACGCCGACGCAGACGGCCAGCGCGGUGCCCCAGUCGGCGGCCAGCACCCCCGCCCGCCUCGCCACUCCUCCGCAGCCGCGGCCUCAGUCGAGGCCGUCCAGCAACCCCCAGCCGCAGGCGCAGUCCAGGCCGCAGCCGGCGUACAGCAGCGGCAUCAGCAGCGUCAACUCCAAGAGCAGCCGGAGCAGCACCCCGCUCAAGUACCUGACCCCGCCGGCGCACGCCCACGCGCACCACCGCACGCCCACGCCGAGCCACACGCCCACGCCCUCCCUCUCGCUGCCUUACCCGGGCUACCCCCCGGGGCUGGCGCAGGGCUACGCCGCUCCGCCCACGCGCCAGCACGCCCACCAGCACCCGCACGGCCACCCCCACGGCCACCCGCACCUGGCCGACUUCUCGCCUCACAGCUGCCCGACGCCCCCGCUCAGGCACCCUCACGCGCCUCACCCCGCGGCGGCAAUGUUCGCGCCGCCCCCCACGGCCCCGCUCCCGUCGCCCGCCCUGCCCGUGCCCGGUCACCCCUCCAACCCGGCCACCUACUCGCCAGACCCAGAGCUCCUCCGCCAGGAGCUCAACAGCCGCUUUCUGGCGGCGCACGGCGGCGGCGGCGCCGGCUCGGCGGGCAACCGGGGGGGGCCAGCGCCCCCCCCUCCGCCGUCGCAGCACCCGGCCUCCGCGUUGCCGGCGCCGCCGCCGCCGCCGUACUACCGCGCCGAGUUUCACCAGCACCAGCACACGCACCAGCACACCCACCAGCACACGUUCACCCCAUUCCCGGGCGCCAUCCCGCCCGCCCUCGCGCCAGGCGCCACGGCCGCCGCUUUGCUGCCGGGGGGCCCCAUGCCCCCUCCCCCGCCCAUCCCGACGCUGUUCGACAAGUACCCCGCCAAGUUGGACAGCCCCUUUUACCGACCGUCGAGCUUUUUCCCGCCCUACCACUCAAGCAUCCCUGCAAUGCCACCGCUCUUCCCGCCUGCUCACUUCGGCUCGCUGCAGGGUGCCUUCCAGCCCAAGACGGCAAGUCCGAUGGACGUAGGCCCGGGCCGGGCGGGGUCGCUGCCAUCACACAGCCUGCUGACCAAGGACCCGCGGCUGACGGAUCCGUUUAGACAAACGCUCAAGAAGCCUGGCAAGUGGUGCGCUGCCCACGUGCAUAUCGCCUGGCUCAUUUACCACCAGCAGCAGAAAGCCAAGGCGCUGCACAGCGACCCUCACAAGCUGGACCUGGGCCUCAAGCCUGAGCUGCUGGGCCCCGCCGGCCGGCCCGGCAUCCCGGGGCUCUUCCCCGGGUACCCGCACCCUGCCGACCUGGCACGGCCCGGCGCUCUCUUCUCCACGCCCGGCGGGCCUCCGGCGAACCCCUUUGGUGUGCCGCCCCCGCAACACAACAGCUUCCUCAGCCCACCCGGUCACCUCGCGGUGGACCCCUUCGGCCGGCCGAGCGGAUUCACUGGACUCGGCAACCUGAGCACGAGCGCGUUCGGGGGCCUGGGGAACCCCACGCUGGGUGAGAACGCCUUCUUUCCGUCGUUGUGGUUGCAAAGUGCCGCGCUGCACAGAGCUGCACUACAUAGGGCAACACCGUUCCAAAACACGUUCGCCUCCAGCAGCGCGCUGUUCGGCGCCAAGGAGGGCCCGCCCUUCCCGGGCUUCUCGAACCCCCACGAGCCGUGGAACCGGCUGCACCGCACGCCGCCCUCCUUCCCCACGCCGCCGCCCUGGCCCAAGCCGGGCGACGCGCCCGAGCGCAGCUCUUCGGCGAGCCAGGAGCGCGAGCGCGAGCGGGACAGGGAGCGCGAGAGGGAGCGGGAGCGCGAGAGGGAGCGCGAGAGGGAGCGGGAGCGGAGCCAGGACCGCGAGCGCAGCAACGCGGCGGCCGUGGCGGCGGCCGCGGCGGCUGCGGCGGCGGCGGCGGCCGCGGCGGCGAGCAGCACGGCUCACGAGAGGGAGCGCAACGGCGGCCUGUCGGGCCACGAGAGGGAGCGCAGCCACUCGGCGAGCGCGGACAGAGAUCGGGGAGGCCACCUCGUCGGCGCGGACAGGGAGAGGGCGCAGCCGGCCGGCGCGCCGGACAGGGAGCGCAGCUCUUCGGCCAACGCCGAGCGCGAGAGAGGCCAGAUGAUCCCCGCGCAGGCGAGGGAGCGGCCGUUCCCCGGCCACGGAGAGAGGGAGCACGGCCAGGAGAGGGAACGCGGUCACGAGAAGGAGCGCUGCUCGCAGCCGGCCAAUCACGACAGGGAAAGGUCGUCCGCCGUGCCCAAUCACGACAGGGAGCGCCCUUCGCUGGCCAAUCACGAGAGGGAACGUGGGUCGGCGCCGCCGCCCAUGGCCCUCCCGGAGAGGGAGAGAAUCGGCCUGCCCACGCUGGCCAAUCAGGAGAGAGGAGACGUCGAAAAACGUGACCUUGGCUUCAGCAAGGAUGACAAGGAGAGAGAAAGGGACGCUUGCGAGCGCGGCCGCAUCCCGAGCCGGCCGUCGCCCAUGGCGACGUCGCGGACGCCUCCCUUCCCCGGCUACGACGGACUGCGGGAGGCCGAGCGACCGCGCGCCGACCUGCCCGAGCGCCAGGGCAGCGUUCCCGAGCCGCCCGACAGGCCCUCGGGCCGCGGUGGCGGCGACCGGGAGGCGCCCCCCGACAUCCGGAAAGACGGCCUCGCCGCCUGCGUGGCGUCCGCCGCUCCGUCCCUUGAGACGCGGCCCAAGGAGGAGGCGACAUCGCCCACGGAGGGGAGAGUCGGCCCGGCCGAGUCGCGGGCCAAGGAGGCGACGAUGGCGGCGCCGUCCUCGCGCGAGAGCCACGGCGACAAGCGCAACGGGGACGACGGCGGCGGCGCCGCGGUCGGCGGCCGCGCCCGCUGCAUCUCGCCGUUCUGCCGUCCCCACGGGGCCGCGCUGCCCGGGCCGAGCGGGCCAGACGCGGCGGCCGCGGCGGCGUCCGGGCGACAGAGCGGCGGCGCCGAGAGGCGGGCGCAGCCGUUCGUGUCGGGACUGGGCGAGCUGCAGCGCGUCAAGGAGGAGCGCAAGGAGGAGAGCGAGACGCAGCACUCGCUGGGCGCCGCGGCCAUCAUCACCAGCAGCGGCGGCGCGGGGCCCGGCGUCGCCUCCUUCGUGGGCGCCCGUCCCGGCGACCCCUACCACCACCUGGCGGCCGGGCUGCCCCCGCAGUCUCACCCGCUGCCGCCCAGCUCCGGCAUGCUGAGCGGCUCGCACUCCUCCAACCUGGCGCUGCUCGACCGCACGCGCCUGCUGUCGGCGGCCACGGGCGUGGGCCAGGGCCACUACCUGGGCAUGCCCCACCUGGGCCUCCAGAGCCGCGACCCGCGGUUCCCGCCGCAGCAUGCGCAGCACCACAACCACCACCCGCAGCAGCCCCCCCAGCACCAGCAGCAGCACCACCCCAUGAUGAACCCGCCGCCGCCCUGGGUGGACGCCAGCGCGUUCCGCGACCCCUACAGGCUGGGCCUCGACCUCUCGGGCCUGCCGGGCGCGCACCGUUUCCCCGGGCCGUCGCACGCGGCGGCGGUGGCGGCCGCGGCGGCGGCCGCCGGCGGCUUCUACGGCGCCGAGAGCUACCGGGACCGCGAGCCGCACGACUACAACAACCUGCUGGAGGUGCGGCGGGGCGAGGCGGAGCGCGACGAGCGGGAGAGGCUGCAGUCGUUCCGCGACGACCUGGAGCGGGCGCGCGCCACCCAGCACGCGCUGCGCAACCCGUCCGCGGCGGCCGCGGCGGCGGUGGCCGCGGCCGGCAUGGACCCUCUCGCCGGCGCGCAUUACCACCCGCACCACCACCAGGGCUUCCUGUCGCCGCUCGGCCCGCUGCACUACCCCGGCUCCAGGCCCGGCCUGCCGCACGCCAUGCACAACGGCUUCCUGAGCGGACCCGGCGGCGUGCCGGGAGGGGGCAAGCCCGCCUCGCUCGCGCCGCCGAUGCCGCCGCAGCCGCAGCCGCCGUCGGCGUCGGCGGCCGCCAUGGGGGGGCCCCCGCCGCUCAUCCCCACGGGGGUGUCGCACCCGAUGUCCCCGCGGCAGCCCGCGGCGCUCACGCCCCUGGGGGAGCCCAGCGACCGCUCGCCUUCGCGCAAGGAGGUGGAGGCGCGGUGAGCGCCGCUCGGCCGCCGCCACCAGCGGAGCCGGUUAGGUUUUAGUUUCGUGUGUAAUGGAUAACGAUCGUCGCACCAACUUCGCCUUGGGCCGGCACGGCCGGCCGGCUUUGCCGUGCGAGCGGCCGGCCGGCGGGCGGGCCGGGCCCCGUUCGGCAACGGAUGCAGGCCGGUGAGGUUCAUCAAAGUUGGAACUAGAUCCGUGACUUUUAAUUUAAGGAACGCUCAGCUCUUGAUAAGUUACACAUCCGACAGGAAUUAUUUGUGCACUUUGGCGGCAGGCAAAAAUUAUGGUGGUGAUGAUGAUGAUAUAAAAUUAAUACCGUUAGGAAUAAUAUCAUUUUAAUAAGGAUAAUAAUAACAUGCACGUCUCGGCGGAUGUGGAGACGCGACGAUGGAGCGGGGUGGGGAGCCCUCGGGACUGCCGAGAGGUGCGGUCUCCCCCCGUCGCGCGGAAUUUUUUCCGGACAUCGCAUGGCCAAUUGGAGACGACACAUCCCGCGCACGCCUCUCAUCCCCCCCCCCCACCCCCACGGGCACGCAACCGCGGGGCAAGAUUCCGAGAUGGUGAACUCGAGAGCAAGUCCGACGGAGUCCGGGGAGGAACGGUCGCAAAGCUGUGGUGACGAUCGCCUCCGGAGAGAGAGAGAGACCCUCUCGGCCCCAUGAGAAACAAAACAAACAAACGAAAAAAAAAUCUACAACAAAUGGAAGCGUAUAUUUAUUUUGAAGAAAGAAAGAAAAAACAAAAACCACGACGGCCCGCGUGGGAAUUCGUCGCGCGAGGAGAGAGAUUGAAUGCGUUUUGCGCGGCGAUUAUCGAGUCGCUGCGAGGGGCGUCUCCGGGGCCUCCCCAACGGCGACGGGCUGAAGCUUCUCGAGCCCCGUGGCGACGCGCGCGGUGAACCCGAGCGGCGGAGGGCGUGAAUAAUCGGCCGUCUGUCGGGAACACGGGCCGCGGGGGUGGGUCUGGUCGCCAGGGCGCGGAGGAACGAGCGGAGCGCGCGACGGCCGUGACCGUGGCGGCGGCUGCCUCCCCCCACCAGCGAUUUCAGAAACGAGCGGAUGUUUUGUCUUCUCCGAUGCCGUGCGGCGCCAUUCUCGCUUCGUCACGACGGCAGGAACUGGCUUCGUCCCUGCAACGCGGCGGUGGUCCCGCCGGAGUCUGCCGCAGUCGACACACGUGGCUUUAGUUUCUUUUUUUUCUUUUUGUUGUCGCUAUUGUUAUCGAUACUAUAAUUAUCAAUUAAUUACCCAUGGCAAAACAUCACGCGCUUUGGCGGGAAGGGAGACACGAGGCGCGGCGUCACACUCUACACGGGGCCCCGAGGGUCGGUCGGUUGCGGCCUUGUCUACUCCAGUUGGGGUCGGGGGGGGGGGGGGCAUUGUCGGGUCUAGUCUGGGCUUGGGUCGGGCUAUGGGUCUAUCCGAGUCUGGCCUGGGUCCGGUCUGGUCUGGUGGUGGAGGUCUUAUAUCUGGCCUGGGUUUGGCCUGGGUCUUGUUUGGCCAGUGUCUGAUGGGAAAAGGGGUGGGGGGGUGGAUUGAAUCUAGUCUGGAUCUGGCUUUUGUGACUGCUGGGAGCAUCAUGGGGCAGAUUGUUUGAAUCUACUGCAUCUGUGUGAGAUUCCUUGAGCGAGGCCACGGCGGGAAGUCACCGGAUAGCAACGCACACGACGGACGGGUGGAUUGACGGUGCGCGGAUCGUGGCCCACACGGGCAAGCCCUGGCUCUCCUCGCCCGCUUCAAUCUCCGACACGGGAGUAUUUUUUGAAGCGGAGUGCGUGGCUUCAUUAUACGCACGCCGGCUCUCGGGUUAAUUGUGAAUUUCACUGUAACUGUUGCAGCGCUUUUCUUUUCUCGUUUGUACGCUAAGGUGAGAAGAAGUGUUACCCAAGUGUGAAGCGUAAAAAUUGGGGAGAGGGAGGAGCGAGUGGCGGGGGGGGGGGUUAAAUAAACAAAAAACGAGGAGACACAAAAAAAUACGAAAAAAAAAUGUAUUUCCUGUAUUUAAAAUCGCUAUUAUUUAUCAUCAUGUGUAUUUCUCAAAGUCUUUCAAGGAUGUCUGUAAAGUUGAACAUUUAUACCAGGAGGUGGGCGGGCGAAUUCUGUGUCGCCUGCGUGCCCGAUGCCCACAUCCCCACUCUGUACACUCUGAUAUUUUAUAUGCAAUCUGACCUUCGUCAAAUCUCCCAAUGUGCUGUGUAAAUAUACUUUACCCAUAAUCCCACUCACCCGCCUCCCACCUUAACACCCACACCCUCUAAGAGUCUGUCCCUUCUCUCUCUCUCUGCCCCCCCUCCGCCCCCCACCGUUUCUGUAAAGAAUCACUGUCUUAUAGAAAUACUGAGGAUAAAUACAAGUACGUUUUGAAACUGACG